UCGGCCACGCGGCCCAGGCAAACGGCCAGCGGCUUUGUCUCGCUGCGGCCCUUGAGACGAUACACAGCGCCCAGUGCCUCCGAACAGCUCGCCGAACAGGCCAGGCCGUACAACGUGUCGGUGGGGACGGCCACCACGGCGCCGGCGCGCAGCUCGGCCACCGCAGCCCGCAGCGCCUCGGUCCAGCCGGCGCGCUCGGGGCUUGCGGCCGGCCCCGCCCCACUCCCCGGGAGCCGCAGCAGCCGGGCCCCCGGCGCCGCCGGAGCGGGGCUCGGGGGACGGAGGAGGCGGCCGCUGCGGGCAGAGCCCACCGGCCCAUCGCUCAACCCCAUGCUGGAAGCCACUGCGGCCCUCAACCGGGUGCACGGUCGCGCAGGAGACAUCCGCCCAGGCCCGCUUCCUGGAGGAAGUGACGCACCCAACAGGCUUCCGGUCCGGGAGGCUCGGCCCCACCUCCGCGCCGGGCAGCUUAAAGGGACCACGACCCCCAGGAGGAUUGAAGGAGACCGGUGGGGACGGGGCGGGGCACAGCUUUGCGGAGCACUAGCGCAACGCUGGGGAGGGGGGGCGGCCGAAAGGGGGGCGGUGGUCGGGCCGCGCAGGCGGAGAUGGAAUGGGGCCCGGGCUCAGACUGGUCACGGGGGGAGGCUGCCGGCGUGGACCGCGGGAAGGCGGGGCUGGGGCUCGGCGGGAGGCCACCCCCGCAGCCGCCCCGGGAUGAGCGCGCCCAGCAGCUGCUGGACGCGGUGGAACAGCGACAGCGGCAGCUCCUGGACACCAUCGCCUCUUGCGAGGAGAUGCUGCGGCAGCUGGGCCGCCGUCGCCCAGAGCCGGCUGGUGGCGGGAAUGGCUCAGCCAAGCCUGGAGCGCUGCCCCAACCAACUGUUUCCUCCAGAGGUGGCUUUCCAAAGGAUGUUGGUGAUGGAGCUGCGGAGCCAUGACCAUCCCCGAGCCGGGUGCCCUGACAUCUCCUUCCCCAGGGAUGGUGGCUGGACUCAGAACAACUCCCUUCAGUUAAGGGGACCAGUCUUCACAGGCAGUGGCUGGUACUUGGCCUUCAACCUGGGUGGCAGCGCUUGCUAGCAGCUGGGUUCACUCCCACUUCUUCCUGGCUGAAGGCCGUGCUGCGCUUUGAAAUGUAGCCAACAAAUACCCAGUCUGACUAUUUGGAUUUGGGUGGACCAGCAGUGCCCACCAGCAUGGUCUGGCCCACUUUGGGGGUUCCAGGUAGUGUUACAUGUCCAUUUCAUGCUUUGGGGGCUGUUAGCCCCAUAAAACACCUUUGGCAGAGCCUUAAUUAAAAGGAAACCUGCAGACUAUC